AUGCCCGGAAGACAAUCUCACGGGCGGCCGUUGCUGUCCUCGAAGCCGGCGCAAAAAAACUUUCGCAAGUCGAAAUCCAAGGCCCAAGCUAAGGCGCUCGACGCCUUCACCAUCGCCUCGGAGCAGUACCCGACCAAGGAGAAGCGCACACCACGGUUCCGUGAGAUCGAGGCGGCACCCGACACUGGGAAAAAGCACAGCCGCGCGAACGAUGAGGAGGACGACGACGAAGACGAGGACGAGGACGACCAGCCCAGGCGGAAGAAGGCCAGGCCCUCUUCAGGGGCCGGCGGCGACUCGGACGAGUAUGGCAGCGACAGCGAGGGAAACGAAUGGCACUAUGGUGUCAACGAGGACGAAGACUCGGAACUCGACAGUGACGAGGCGUUUGGUGAGAGUGACCAGGAGGAUUUCCAGGGCUACUCCAUCGGAGGCAGCAAGGCGGCCAAGGGAAAGGAGAACGACUCAGAAGAUGAGGAAGAAGACGACGACGAGUCUCUCGGCGAUGAUGCGAUAGACUUGGCACAAGCCCUGGACGAGUACGAAUCCGACGAGUCCAUGGCCGGCCAAGACGACGAAGAUGAUUCGGACGACUCGGAUGCCGAGGCUGAGAGUCCGCCGUCCUCAGACGACGAUGACGACGAAGAGCUGGAAGCCGACCCCUCAAAGCUCGGCGAGCUGCAAAAGUUCAUCGCCGGCUUCGGCGGCGAAGACGACAAGGACGCGGCACCCACAAAGCAGAAGCAAAAGAUCAACCUCAAGGACCUCGGCCUCGCGGGCGUCAAGGAUGCGCAGAUGCGCAAGUCGGUCAAGCUCAUGGCGAAGGAGGAGAAGGAAACGUCACGCCCCGGCGCGGGCAAGAAACUCGAGGUGCCGCUGUCGCGCCGACAGCAGGACAAGCUCCAACGCGCCGCGGCGUACGACAAGGCGAACGAGACGCUCACCCGCUGGCAGGAGACAGUUAAGCACAACCGUCGCGCCGAGCAUCUCGUCUUCCCGCUACCGCAGAAUGCCGCCGACGAGGGCCUUGACAACCGCGAGCUGCAGGCCAUCACGGCCAAGAAUUCAGCGUCGGAGCUCGAGCAAACGAUCCUUGGCAUCAUGCAACAGUCCGGGCUCGCGAUGAACAAGGAAGAAGAGAAUAAGAGGAAGAAGGCUGAGGCCGAGGAGGGACUCUCGCAGGAGGCGCUUAAGGACCUCGUCAACCAGCGCCGCCGCGAGCGCGAGCUCAGCUCGCGCGAGGCCAAGCGCGCGAAGCGCAUCAAGAAGAUCAAAUCCAAGGCGUACCACCGUGUGCACCGCAAGGAGAAAGAGCGCGAGGAGAUGAAGCUUCAUGAGGCCAUGGCGGAGAACGGCGAGAUCGACUCCGAGGCGGAGCGCGACGCGCAGGACCGCGCGAGGGCCCUCGAGCGCGUUGGCGCCCGGCACAGGGACUCCAAGUGGGCCAAGCUCGGCGCCGGCAACAAGCGCGCUGUGUGGGAUGACGAUUACCGUGCUGGCCUACACGACAUGGCUCGCCGCGAGGAGGAGCUCCGGAAGCGCAAGGAAGGCCGCGCGGGCGGCGACGAGGACUCUGACCGGUCCGCGGACGACAGUGACAGCGGCGGGUCAGACGAAGAGGGCGGCGAGCAGCGCAAGCUGCUGAAGAAGCUCAACCGCCUCGAGCAGGAGGAGGACGACGGGCCCGCGUCCGGCUUGAUGCAGAUGAAGUUCAUGAAAAAGGCCGAGGCGGCGCAGAAGAAGGCCAACGACGAGCUCAUUGCGCAGAUCCGCCGGGACCUCGAUUCAGACGCCGGAGAGGCCGACUCAGACGCCGAGGUCACCGAGGUCGGCCGCAAAAAGUUCGGCAGCGCCGCGCAGCCCGCCAUCUCGGUGCCCGCCCUGUUGGCCGGGAAGAAACAAAGGAAGGCGGCCGCGCGGGCCGACGACGAUGACGGCAACGACGUCCCUGACAACAGCGUCGUCAACACAGGCUUCUCCCUCACCGCGGAGCCCUCGAUGACGGGAUCCGCGUGGUCCUCGGGCCCGCGCAAGAAGUCUGCUAAGACGGGCGGCAAGGGCAGCGGUGCGCGGGUCGAGGACCUCGACAACUCCCUUGCCAUGACGGCCUCGUCGGGCAAACCCCAACCCUCUAAGCCUAAAUCUUCCGCCGUGUCAAGGACGUCAACAGGAGGAACUCUCGCUGACGAAGACUCCGACGGCGACUCGGACCCCUCCCCGGACGUCCACCUCCCCCUCGCGAUCCGCGACGUCGCAGCCAUGGACAAGGCCUUCGCGGGCGACGACGUCGUCAUCGACUUCGCGCGCGAAAAGGCCGACGUCGAGGCCGAAGAUGACGACAAGAUCGUCGACAACACCCUGCCCGGUUGGGGCGGCUGGGUUGGUGACGGCGUGAGUAGCCGCGAGAAGAAACGACAGCAGGGCCGGUUCGUAACAAAGGUCGAGGGCGUCAAGAAGGCGGACCGCAAGGACGCCAAGCUGGACAAGGUCAUCAUCAGCGAGAAGCGCGUCAAGAAAAACGACAAAUACCUCGCCACACAGCUUCCUCAUCCCUUCGAGUCCAAGGCGCAGUACGAGCGCUCGCUGCGUCUGCCCCUCGGUCCGGAAUGGGUCACCAAGGAAUCUCACCAGGAGGCAACCAAGCCACGCAUUCUCAAGAAGCAGGGUAUCAUUGCGCCCAUGUCAAGGCCGACCAUGUAA